AUGGCCAACUUUUUCUCACCUCGAACAUCAACUCCCUUGGACAAGGCUAAACGGGUAUCAUCCAAUAAUUCUAAAGGCAUGUUCGAAUGCAAAGCAUGCAAAAAAGUGUUCAAUUCUCAUCAAGCAUUAGGGGGACAUAGGGCAAGUCACAAGAAGGUUAAAGGGUGUUAUGCAGCCAAACAAGAUCAUGAUCAUCAGCUUGAUGAUAGUUUAGCUUAUGAUGAUGUGAUCACACAUGACGAAUAUUUCCCUGCAUCCAAAUCACCAUAUAAUUCCCCUAAUUUGCCAUUUGAAAAAGGCUCUACUGCAUUAGUAGGUGCUGCAAGAAGGAAAUCAAAAGUACAUGAAUGCACUAUUUGUCACAGGGUUUUUUCCUCUGGUCAAGCAUUGGGUGGACACAAAAGGUGCCAUUGGAUCACUUCAAAUACACCUGCAGACACAACAAAACUCCAAUUCCAUCAUGUUGAGCCCAUCAAUCACUACAAACCCGAAAUCAAGAACUCUGACCAGGCCCUUGAUCUUAACCUUCCAGCAUGGGCUGACGAGAUGUCGGGUUUAAAACGGGACCCGCAUAACCCAUUGAGCUUCGAGGUCUCGACCGAUAUACACCUACAUCCAUGGAUAAACACCGGCGUUGCCAAAAAUAUCGAUAGCCAUCUUCACCAAUGUCAUCAAAUAAACGAAGAUGAUAACAACAAUAAGAAUAACGGGUCCCCAUCCCCAGUUGACGGGAACAACAAUAAUAGCAAUAUUGUAACUCACUAUGUUGAUGAUGAAGCAGACAGUAGGUUGAGGUUAGCAAAAUUGAGUGACCUAAAGGACAUGAACCUAAGUGGAAGUUCAUCCCAAUGGCUUAAAGUAGGAAUUGGUUCAACAACUGGUGCCACUGCUGACCCAUAA